AUGGAUGAUAUGUUUGUACGCCUUGCACUUCGUGGUCGCCCUCAGCGUAAUUCUCCAGAAAUUACAAAUUUACAUCAUUACCGAGUAGAUUUGUUCUAUUUUGUCAUCGAUUUACAACUUCAAGAAUUGAAUGAUUGUUUCUUGGAGGUAAAUAUAGAGUUACUCCUUUGUGUAGCUUGUUUAUGUCCACAAGAUUUAUUUUCUUCUUUUGACAAGAAAAGCUUGAUUAGACUUGCUGAGCUUUAUCCAUUAGAUUUCUCUGUAGUAGAUGUCAUUGUACUUAACGAUCAAUUUGAGACUUAUAUUUUUGACAUGUGUUCUAACAAAGAGUUUGAAGGGUUGAAUGACCUUGGUGAUCUUGCGAAGAAGUUAGCUCUGACAAAGAAAGAUAGGGUAUAUCCAUUGGUUUACAGACUUUUGACUUUGACAUUGAUUUUACCGGUUGCUACUGCUACUGUGGAGAGAGUCUUUUCUGCAAUGAGUAUCGUAAAGGAUACAUUGCGCAAUCGGAUGGGUGAUCAGUGGAUGAAUGAUAGUACAAUUGUUUAUGUAGAGAAAGAUAUAUUUUUGAAACUUGAUAAUGAAGUUGUUGUACGAUGA